GCCUCUGUCUCUGGAGGAGGUACUCUCGCCGCAGUUGCCACAAGCAGCGUUUAGUUCGUGGGCGCCUGCGCGCAAGUGCAGUCACAGAUUCAGAUACUCGCGGUUGCUCAGAUACAAAGAUACACAGAUUCGGUGCGGUUCGAGAUACGAGUUUACUGGGUUGCCUCCAUAAAUACAGCAUCCCAUCCUCAUACCACAAAAAAUUGCAAUAAAAGUGAAAUCUUUAUUGAGUGUGUGUCCAAAAAAAAAAAGAAUAUAAAUAAAAAUCACAAUCAGAUUUUUUUGUUUUCAUUUUUUCUUCGAGUGUGCGAAAGUGUUUAGACUAAGAUACAUUUUUUUUCGUUUUGCCAAAAUUGCCAAAGAAAUUCUUGGGAAUUUCAGGUAAAAAUCAAUCACUAGAGAAUCGGAGAAAAGGAGAGUCACAGAGAGAGAAGGAGGAUUAGCGAAGGGUGCUCCUGAGACACCUGAGAAUUUUCCUGGGAAAAAUGGCUCUGCACUGGCUCCUCCACAUCCUGAUGGCCUCCUGGGCCGUGCUGGCCCUGGAAAGGGGUGGCUUCCCCGCCCAGCCGGCGGAUCAUCUGGUGCCACCGCCUCUGCCUCUGCCUCUGUCCCACCAUUCCUCGCAUCCACCCGCCCUGCCCACGCCCCAGAGACUGACCCAUGCGACGGCGGGUCUUGGCUCCACUCCAGUGGUGGCUCCGGCGCCUCCUCCCACGGCCAUCACGGAGCCCGGGUUUAUGACGCGAGUGGCCAGGUGGUUCGGUCUUGGAGGAGGAGCUCCCUCGUCCGGUAAGGACCAGCAGCUGAGUCCCAGCAACUCCCUCAGCUACGCCUACCCGAAGCCGGGACAGAGCUUCGACGCUGCCAGUGGCAAGCCCUGCAGUCUGUGCAACAAGUAUCCGUGGGUGCCAAUGGUGGGGCAUCCACAGCAUCCUCAGCAGCAGCAGCAGCAGCAGCAGCAGCAGCCACUGCAGGUGCAGCAGCAACAGUUGUGGCACUUGCAACAGCCACAACAGCAACAGCAACAAGUGGCCCAGGCCUCCCAGCAGCGGCAGAGGGCGGUGCAGUUCCAGAGCACUCCCCCCCAGAUCCCCAACUUCCUGCCCCUGGCCGUGCCCAUGCCGCCCCUGUACAACGCCCAGCCCUUCCGGCCCUCCGCUCCCAAGGAGAACAUAGUCUCCGAGUCCAUAGCAGUGCCUGUGGCAGGACCUGUGGCAGGACCUCUGCCAACACAUCCUCCCAGCACCUCCACCUUCGAAAUCGUCAAGAGCCACCAGGUCACCGACUUCGUCACCUCCGUGGAGUACCCCGCCACCUUCGUCCAGUCGCAUGCCAUCGACCUGGGCUCCGCCUCCACCAGCCAGAAGGUGCUUCCCGACCCCUCCGAGCCGAGCACUGUGCGGUACCAGCUGGAGGACCUCGCCAGCGGCCAAGUCCACCAGCACCUGCCGGCCUCCCAGCUGCUGACGGAACUGGGACACUUCGUGGAGACCACCACCGUGCUGCCGCCUCCUCCGGCGGACAACUAUCCGGCGGCCUCGUCCCAGCUGCAACACCUGCAGCAGGAGCAGGACCACGAGCAGGAGCAGGACCUGUACUACGCCGAGCAGGAGGAGACCAGUACUCUGAUCUAUGGUCCGACCACCACGGAAGCUCCAACCACCACGAUGACUCCCCAGCAGCCUCCACAGGCCAUCGAACUGAACAACCACUUGGCGGCCGGGAUGCCCAACUACAGGCAGGGGAUAUCCCGGGGCCGGGAGACCCCCAAGCGACUGCUGGACUCGCCCAUCAACCAUGCCGGCGGCAGACCCUUCACCCGCGACCCGGCCGACCUCAACUUCCGGCUGAGCCAGGCCUACACGCCCACCCAGCCGCCCACGCCGACCUCCACGUACGGCGCCAUCGACGCCAGUGGGCAGUAUGCGGGAAUGUCGCCUCCGAACCCCAAGCAGGUGAUCAUCCCCUACACCACGAGGCAGAGGCCCAGGCCCUUCGAGAGCUGGACGCCCCUGAGGACGCACCGUCCAUCCGCCAACGAUCUGGAGGAGGAGCCGCACGAGCAGCAGGAGUCCAAGCUGGCCACUGCCACGGUGACGGCACCGAACUCCCGCAGGACGACCAAGUACCUGACCAAGAUCCUGGCCUCCAACCUGAGGGAGCUGCUGAAGCGAGAGCGGGAGACCAAGCGGCUGCCGGGCCAGAGCCUGGGCGUGGAUCUCUUCAAGCUGCAGCACAACAUAGACGGGUGGACGGAGCAGGAGUACAACUCGCUCUCCCACCGCCCCAGUACACCCACUAUCCGGGGCAGGUCCAAGCACAUACCCACAGAGUACCUGACCACCACCACGACGACGACUACUCCGGCGCCACAGCGACAGUCGAAGACCACCAGGGGCGAGGGGUUCGAGCUGGGCGGGGCGCCUCCCACGGUCACCGGGGAUCUGUCCACGUCGAUCAACAAUCUGGAGCAACUGCAUCUGCUGGGGGAGCGGGGUUCGAAGCGGUUCCAGCACCUGGACGACAAUCGCUUGCACUUCGACUACUACGAUGCCCGGCCGAAGCCCACCCAGGCCAUGGCCUCCUCCACCACCAGCAGCAGUCCGGCUCCUCCGACCACCACCACCACCACGGAGGUCACCCCGCUCUAUGUCCGCAGCACCACGCCGCCCAAGGAGCUCUGGAAGCAGCUCCAGGUGGCCAUCCUGCCCCAGACCAACGAGAAGGUCUACGUGGUGACUCCCCAGCCGCCGACUGCCCCGCCCCGCCACAAGGAGCACCACGAGGCGGAGGCGUCGGCGCCCAGGCCGGUCUACCAGACGCCGGCUCCCAGGUUCCCCAGGAUGCGACCCACGCCAGCUGGCGAAGUGAAGGCAGCCACGCCCACUAGCUCCUCGCAGUUGAGGAACUAUACACCGGAUAUUUUUGGACUGAUGGGCCUCUCCGCCUAUGUUCCGGCGGAGCCAGUGGAGAUAAUCGACGGAAACUCCAAAGUCAUCACAAUAGUGACGGCAGCGCCGACGGCGGCAGCGCUGCAGCGACCCACACCGAAGCCCACAAUUGCGCCCUCGCCGAGAUAGAGGUCGCAGGUCGCAGGUCAGAGGUCACAGGUCACAGCCCCACGCCCCCCUUCGCCCCUGUUGUAAUAUAUUUUUCACCACGCCCCCGCCCCCAUGAGGAAAAAGGAACAGGAUACGCCGCCAGGAGGUGCGAUCGAGAGAGUUGUAGUUUUAAAAAUAAAAAAUAAAGUCCUUUCUAGGAAUCAAAGUUAGAUUUUAUCUGCAUUUGGUAGCUUUAUAAACAAAUAGAGGAAAAGUAAAAUAAAAAAUAAAUAAAUUAAAUGGAUAAAAUAAUAAAAGGAUAAAAGAAGCGAAAGGACUCUGAUUAAUGUUCCCCCUAGUUCAUAUUUUUUGUUUUUUUUUUUUUUGGCGCUCUCCUUGAUUUAGUUUUUAGUUCUAUGUAUAAAAAAUAUCUAUUAUUUCUAUUAUAUCUAUUUGAAACAUAAAAAAUAAAAUAAAUUAAAUAUUAAAUCAAAGUGUAACCAAAAUAUAGCAAAAACAAAAAAACCAGAAACUAAACAAGAAUUAUAUUAAAAACGA